CCAAAGGGAGGUUUUGAUGGAAUGGGGCAGUCUCCAGCCGCCGCGCAGUCAGCCAACAGUUCGCCUGCGAAUGCUUCCGCCUUAAGUCAACAACAACCGAAGCGUCCGACCAGCAAAAAACAACCCAAUAAACCCCAAUCGGGUAAUUUGGACGAGUGGAUGAAGUUCUUUGCGGACCUGACUCCCAUGGGCAACCCAGACCAACAGAGUAAAAAGGCCGGCCACGUACUGGAUGCUUAA